CGAGUGUUUGUUACUUUCAAGUCGCGCGGAUCCUCAGAGCACAACGAACUUUUCCUCUCUCGCGUGUGAACGGAUCCGCCGAGCGCAAAAAAACGGCCACAACAACGACAACGACACAAACUCCACUGAUAAAGUUGGCGUGUCGAUCAGCGUCUGAUAUGCCGCAGCUGAACGGUGGAGGGGGGGAUGAUCUCGGGGCGAAUGAUGAGAUGAUCGCGUUUAAAGAUGAAGGAGAUCACGACGAGAAGAUCCGCGAGAGCGCGUUCACGGAGAGCGACCUGGCUGAUCUCAAAUCAUCUCUGGUCAACGAGUCGGAGAUCAGCCAGAACUCACACUCUGCCGUGAUCAGGAGAGGUCAGCAGGAGGAUCAGAGACUUUACACUGAUAAACGAGAACAUCUGGACGACGUGCCAAAACAUCAAGAUGGAGGGAUGUACAAACCUCCGUAUUCUGGAUACCCUUUUCUGAUGUUGCCUGAACCGUAUCUACCAAAUGGACCUGUCUCACCAUCUUCCAACAAAGUGUCGGUGGUCCAGCAGGGGAUGCAUCCAUUAACGCCGCUGCUGCCGUACGAUCACUUCAACCCAGGCCCUACACACAUUCCCACAGAAGUCAGCCAUAAACCAGGUGUUCACAGACAUCAGUCUCAAGACAUCUCCAGUUUCUAUUCGCUGCCUCAAGGCCAGAUCACCCCCUCCAUGAACUGGCCCAAUCAGCCUGUGUACCCUCUGCCCUCCUGUGGCUUCAGACAGUCCUUCUCCUCCAGUCUACAGAGCAGCUCUUCUUACCCCAGGUUCUCUCAUUCUCUGAUGCUUCAGUCUGGCAUGCACCCUACGGGCAUCCCACACCCGGCUAUAGUGCCCCCUUCUGGCAAACAGGAGCAUGACCAGUUUGACAGGAGCAUUUAUUCUAAACCUCAUCCAGAAGCGAAGAGAGAGAAAGAGCCCAAAAAGCCUGUGAUCAAGAAACCUCUGAAUGCCUUCAUGCUCUAUAUGAAGGAGAUGAGAGCUAAAGUGAUUGCUGAGUGUACACUGAAGGAGAGCGCCGCCAUAAACCAGAUCCUGGGACGACGGUGGCAUGCUCUGACACGUGAGGAACAGGCUAAGUACUAUGAACUGGCGCGGAAAGAGCGGCAGCUUCACAUGCAGCUUUACCCCAGCUGGUCUGCCCGCGACAACUACGACACCCGUGCGAACUUGAGGGGAACUGAAAUCACCUCCUUGACACCAGUUGAUGGCUCAGAAAAAGGCAAGAAGAAGAGAAGGAAACGAGAUAAGCAGCAAGACUCCAGCACAGAUAACUCUCUUGACUGUUCCUAGGAGGAAAAAGAAGUGCAUUCGCUACCUUCAAAGAGGACACUGCGCCAGCCCCCAUUCUUCCGAUGGAAGUGCUAUAGACUCCCCUAUCACCUGCCAAACCCCGCCUCUCCCACACGCUGCUCCUUCUCUUCCCCCGACUCCCCCAUCAGCAGCCCCCGCCCACACAGCAGCAAUCGCCCCGCCCACCCACCCAGACUGUCACUCGACUUCAGCCGAGUUAAAACAGAGAACACGAUACACCAGUCACAAUAACCGAUCAGAUCACAUCAGGAGCCUUCAAUCUGAAGACUCAUUUCCUGCGUACAGUCCACAUAAAUUCCUAAAGUUCUCCACGCUUCAGUAUCCUCAGAUGGGGCUUCUUCUCACCUUUCACAAAGUAAUGGCACUAGAGAUUUCCUAAAGGGGGAAUUUCAUGAAGAAAUGUGCAGGUCAUAUUUCAGUAUGUUUUGCAUAAAGAAAAUGAAGCCUAUUUUAAAGACCCCUAAGAAUUUUGUAUUUAUUUGUAUUUUUUUGGCAAUAUUUAAAUUGUAUUUAUACAUCAUGGUAGUACUUGUAUUUCUGCCUUUAAUUUAUGAUGAUUUACUAAAACAAUCACUAUAUUACAGUAAUUAGAAUCACCAUAGUGUAUAGCAAUUACAAAAUAAUAAUAAUAAUAAUAAUAAUAAUAAUAAUAAUAAUAAUAAUUGUUUGACAUGCAAUUAAUGGCAUAAUGCAAACAUAUUCAUGGAAUUUUUCUUAAUGUAAUAUAUAUGUAUAUAUAUUGAUUUUGUUGUAAAAUAUGACCCGCACAUGUUCUUUGUGAGAUUCACCCAAUAGAUUCUGUUGGUGAUUGUUGGUAAGGUGUAGCUUACAUACUUCCAGGUUCUCAUUAGGAAUAUGAGGAUCAUUCAUCAUUAAAUUCCACGUCUUUUUUUUAUCACUGAAAACAGUGCCAGUUCUCACAAUCACCCUUUUACAAUCAAAUGAAUAAGUGUUGUAAAGCUUUGUUUUUUAUAGAUAUGAAAGUCCAUAAAUAACUCAACUUUUAUAUGUUUUUAUGUAAAAGAAAAAAAAAAACAAGAAAAAAAAAAAAACAUUUUUGUUCAUUCACAUGCCAUUUUUAUUGUUUUUCAUGUGUAGAUUUUAUGUAGGGUGCUGUGCCUGUCAUUCAUCCAAACAGCUGUAUAAAGUGAAGUAUGUGCAUGUAUUUUGUUUGUUUCAGAAACUGCUCUAUUCGUUAUCUAGCAGCCAUUCAGUAUUCACUCAGGUCUGUUCUGAGGCUUCAAUCAUUUCUGCGUCAGAAAACAGCCUGUGAAGUCAAACUUCCAGCAGACGGAGCUGUUUCAUCAACAGUAUUCACAAAUAUCAAUCUCCUGCCCUUUUCAUAUGUCUUUUUGCUUUUGAUGUAACAAUA